CAUAAAUUCGAGUAGAUGCAUUAAAAAAAAAAAAAGAAAAAAAAGGAGCAUAUUUAGGAGUAGGACCCGGGUCUUAGUUGGACCAAUAGUAAAGAAGCAGGCCCAUGGUAAUGCCCAUACCCACAGCAAUGCCAUUUUUUAUCUCCCACAAAUAGAAGUCUCCCAAUACCGUUGACCGUUGAGAGCAAACCCCCAUCACCACCACCACCACCACUUCUCCUCCGCCUCACACCACCACUUCACUUGUAUAUAUAUAUAUAACCUUGAAAUUAAAAGCAGGAAGCACAUAAUCACAAUGCAUAAGGCGUCAUCCUCCUCCGCCCUCGGCCCCGACGGCCUGGACCUCUCAAAAACCUUCUUCACCCCCAUCGACGGCGGCGCCCCCACGUCCCCCACGAAGCGCAACACGAAGAUCACGGUGGUGGGCGUGGGCAACGUGGGCAUGGCCAUCGCCCAGACCAUCAUCACCCAGGACCUCGCCGACGAGCUCACCCUCGUGGACGCCAAGGAGGACAAGCUCCGCGGCGAGGUCCUCGACCUCCAACACGCCGCCGCCUUCCUCCCCCGCGUCAAGAUCAACGCCUCCCUCGACUACGCCGAGACCGCCCACUCCGACCUCUGCAUCGUCACCGCCGGCGCCCGCCAGAACCCCGGCGAGAGCCGCCUCAACCUCCUCCAACGCAACGUCGCGCUGUUUAAGCAUAUCGUGCCGCCGCUCGCUAAAUACUCGCCCGAUUGCAUCAUCUUGGUGGUUUCCAACCCCGUCGAUCUGCUCACCUACGUCGCCUGGAAGCUCUCCGGCUUCCCCGCCAAUCGGGUUCUCGGGUCGGGCACCAAUCUCGAUUCCUCGCGCUUCCGCUUCUUGAUCGCCGAUCACCUUGAUGUCAAUGCGCAGGAUGUGCAGGCGUACAUCGUGGGGGAGCAUGGCGAUAGUUCGGUUGCACUAUGGUCAAGCAUAAGCGUGGGAGGCGUACCGGUCCUGAGCUUUCUCGAGAGGCAACAGAUUCCCUAUGAAAAAAAAACGCUUGAAAGCAUACACAAAGAGGUGGUGCAGGGCGCCUACGAGGUCAUACGUUUGAAAGGCUACACUUCUUGGGCUAUAGGCUACUCUGUUGCUAGCUUGGCUCGUACAUUAUUGAGGAAUCAGAGACGGAUUCAUCCCGUCUCUGUUCUUGCAAAGGGCUUUUAUGGCAUCGAUGGAGGCGAGGUCUUCCUCAGCCUGCCGGCUCAGCUUGGCCGCAUGGGCGUCUUGGGCGUCACCAACGUGCAUCUUACGGAUGAGGAGACUGAGCAGCUCAGGAACUCGGCUAAGACCAUUCUAGAGGUCCAGAGCCAGUUGGGGAUUUGAUGAAUCAUGUUUUUUCAUGUGUUUCUUUAUUGUAAUGUUACUAUAUACUUGAGACUAAUAUAUUUUGACACAUGGAUGUAUGCUUGCAUUACCA